AGUUGCCUCGCUUUGGUUGUUAACUGGUGAAGAAGUAUUACGGCGACAAACUAUCACCGAUUGCUGAAGACUUGGUGUGUCCAGUAGCGGCGACGCUUUCCGCCAGCGCGGACUUUGAGCGCGUAGUCGCGUCGCGAACGAAUCGAACAAACCAAAGACAUCAAACGCCGUAUGUGUCCGUCGUUGUAUACGCGUUAACUUUCAGUAUAUUUUUCUAUAUAAAUUGUACUCUAGUAACUCAAACGUGCAUAAUAUACUGCAAUUCACGAGCAGUGAUAUUCGGUCUCUCAUAAGCUCACAUAGAUUUCUCUAAACACUUGAAGUUCAUCCAGGUUUACAUGGGCUGCAACGUCGUCAAACUUGCGACCGAACUAGGAAGGGUGGGUUUUCCAUUUCUAUGUAUAAUUAUAUCACCAACUCAUCGGACAUCGUUAGAUUAAACAUAACACUUUUCACCAUAUUAUUAUUUAGCCCCAGAGGUCUGGCGAAACACGCAGAGAUGAGAGAUGAAAGUUUCUCUCACGUUUGAAAAUGGAGGGUCACGUGAUCCACGAAAUGGUACCUGCAGACGAACGAGAUCCCGUUCUUUUGCGUAGUGGAACCACCGGAAACACAGUCAGUUAUAACUACCCUGCCGCUUCCGCCGCAGCAACAGACGAUGCGGAUUUGAGCAUGGGAGCUGGCGGAGCGGGUGGUCCGGUUCUAGGACUUCCUGGUGCCGGGGUCGGGGGUGUUUUAUCUCAACACUGUGCGAUCUGCGGGGACAGAGCAACCGGGAAACACUACGGAGCGGCGUCCUGCGAUGGUUGCAAAGGAUUCUUCAGAAGAUCCGUAAGGAAAAAUCAUCUUUACACGUGCAGAUUCAGCAGAGCCUGCGUCGUUGAUAAGGACAAGCGAAACCAGUGCAGAUAUUGCAGACUCAGGAAAUGCUUCAAAGCUGGAAUGAAAAAAGAGGCUGUUCAGAACGAAAGAGAUCGAAUCAGCUGUCGAAGACCGAGUUACGAAGAGCAGGGAAACGGAGGUGGUGGUUUGUCCGUUGGUUCUUUACUAAACGCUGAGUUACUCAGUCGACAAGUUGGCGCAGCCUUAGAGCAGCUAGGAAGCCCAAAUAGCGACGCGGAUCUGAGCUCGAAGCAAGUGGCGAGCAUUAAUGACGUCUGUGAGAGCAUGAAACAACAGCUAUUAAUUUUGGUAGAAUGGGCUAAAUACAUACCGGCCUUCAGUGAGCUAAAUUUGGACGAUCAAGUGGCCUUGCUGAGGGCGCACGCCGGGGAACACCUUCUCCUUGGAGUUGCGAGGCGCAGCAUGCACCUCAAGGACGUUCUCCUAUUAGGCAAUAAUUGCGUCAUCACAAAAAACUGUCCUGUAAUUUUGUUACCCACAGAGGGACGUAGUCAGGACCUGGAUAUCAGCAGGGUCGGUGCAAGGAUAAUGGACGAACUUGUCAAGCCCCUAAACGACGUACAAAUUGAUGAUACCGAGUUUGCUUGUCUCAAAGCAAUAGUAUUCUUUGAUCCGAACGCUAAAGGGCUAAGCGAGCCAGCGAGAAUCAAGCAUCUUCGUUACCAGAUUCAGAUAAACCUCGAAGACUAUAUAAGCGAUCGACAAUAUGACAGUCGUGGUCGAUUUGGCGAAAUCCUGUUAACGUUACCAGCCCUUCAAUCUAUCUCUUGGCAAAUGAUCGAGCAAAUCCAGUUUGUACGGUUAUUCGGAGUCGCUCAUAUCGACUCGUUACUUCAGGAAAUGCUUCUCGGCGGGGCGACAGCCGACGCUAACGGCUCGAUAUCUCUGCCAAUCUCGAAUCCACCAGGAAGUUAUGUGAGCAGUAACGAAAGUCCCAGCAGUCCAUUGACUCCGGCACACCCGGGACCACUCAGCCCUCAGGACCACAUGUUGGGUGCUGGAAGUCCCGACCUGAUGUUAAGGGAACUCAACCCCAUUACAACCGAAGAGCAUACGACGGCUGCAGGGUUUAGACUUUUUAAACAGGAACCCAGCCUCGAGACUGAACCUCCAACAUUCUGACUAGACGGAGAAUAUCCGAUUUAUUCAGAAGAAUUGGUAUGCUGAUGGCUUUUAUUCUUCCCAGAGUUGAUAAAGGAGUUGGAAAAAUUUAUUCCAAGUUGCAGAUUAUAGAACGAAAGUUUAGAAUACGCUAUAUACUAUAAAUAUUAAACUGCCAAUUAUUUUUAGACACCCCUUCUGAUACUCGAAAUGGUUAAUCGAAGAGACGGCUUUUCCUUCAUUUUUUCUAAUUUCGGGUUACGUCGGGAGACAAGGGCUCUGUGAUCAGAAAAUCGGAAAUAGAUUUAUCCUUUAGAAAAUUAUGAUUCUUUAUCGAGAAUAGAUCGAAUGGUUCUCCAAGCCUUGAUUGGCGACGAUUUGAGGGGUGCUUUUUUAACUUAGAGUAUACUUUUUUUUAUAAACUGCUAUAAACUUGGUGCCUUGACACAAUUGCUCAAUAUUUAUAUCGGAUGCGUGAUAUGUAAGUGUACAUAGAUAUGCGUAGAUAAAUAAAAAUGAAGGAAUGGCAUUAUAGCUGUUUUGAUUGUAAGACGAUAACUAUCAUAUGGAUUAAUCGAAUAAUACAAAAAGAGUAAUAGUAGAAUAAUUACAAAAACUAUAGGGAAAAAAACUAUCAACGACAAUGGUUUAAUUGAAUCAUCCACUGCUGACUGAUAGCCGGCGUCGGUAGCACAAUUCAAUUAAUAAUUGCUUUGUAAAUAUGAAUGUAAUGAUAGACUUACGUUACCGUGAAAAUUUCCAUAAAAUUAAUCGCGCACUCGCUCAAUAAAUCAUGUUAGUUGCGUUAGAUACAUCGAUAUCAACAUUUAACAAAAAUUGUGAAUUGAUUUUUACAGAAGAAGUGAAUUAGAACUAAUUAAUUAUUUCAUUUAUUUCAUUUAUUUUUUUCCGUUUUUUUUUCUACAUAUAUAUAUUUGUUAUUUUUAUUUUUAUAUUUAAUUUUUUCACUCUGCUUCGUCGAGACACGAGUUGAUUAUUUGCUACCUAAAAAAUCUUGUGCCACCGUCUAAACUUUGGUAAAAUAAAUACAUAAUUGAUAUGUAUAUUCAAGUAUACAUAAGUUGAAUGACAAAGUUAAAUAUAAUAAUAUAUUUUAUAUAAUCAAAUUGUUUAUUUAGGAAAGUAUAUUACGUUCCAAGAGAAAAUAAGAUUAUUUUUGUAAAUAUACCUCGUUUAUAGUAUACAUAUUAUACAUAUAAAAGAUAAUCGUGACAAAGAGAAUAGAGCAAAACAUGAGAU